UAAUAUCUCAAUGAAUGGACAUAUAUUUUGUGGUUUUUAACUGAUCUAUCAAUUGAUGGAUCUGUUUGUGCAACAGUUGUUGUUGUUGUUGUUGUGGUAGUGAUUGUUGUGAUAAUGAAUGGUAAGACAUCAUCAUCAGCGGUGGUAUAUUAGUCAAGACUUGGUCUCAUUAUAACUCUCUCUCAAUCUCUGAAAAAAUGAAGACACAAUACUCAGCACUCGAUGAGACACUACUCGACUCUCGAGUGCCGUUAAGAUCUGAAGAAGAGUUCCGAUUGGGUAUUGUCUUCAAUGCAAAGCUAAUCGGAUGCGGAUGUGUUCCGCGACCCAAUUCGCGGGUCGAGAUUGUGGCCGCCAUGCGUCGGAUACGUAGCGAAUGUCGCAAUCGUAAGGACAAGAAACGCAAAGUAUUGAUAACGGUGUCCUACGAGGGCGUACGGGUAACGCUGACCGGCGCCCGACAUACCUGUUCAUCGGCACUGUUGUCCUUAGCCCAGCAUCCGAUUCAUCGGAUAUUUUACGUAUCGCACGACUCACUGGAUUUGCAUAUCUUCUCGUAUAUUGCACGCGACGGCAAUGCAUUCAAAUGUUUUGUCUUCAAAUCGGCUAAACAAUCGCUAGCCGUCAACGUUGUCCGUACUAUUGGCCAGGCGUUUGAAUUGUGCCACAAAAUGUCAUUGGCUUCGGACACAUCCCUUCAGACAACACCCACAGCAACAGCGACAGCAAUGAUGCAACAAAACACUUCUUCAAGCACUGACACUCAAAACAAUACCAGUAAUAAUAGUACGACCACUACAACAGUUACCGCAAGCACCCAAUUAUCUCAAUCGCCUCCUAAUAUCAAUAAUACUACUAAUAAUAAUAAUACUCAUUUGGAUAGUAUAGAGUCACUAUUAAAAGAUAUGCAUCUAAUGUUAAGCCAACUGAGCCAAAGAGUUACAUCAUUAGAGGAUCAGAUGACAACAUUGUUGUCCAAUACAUCCAUUAAUAAUAAUAAUAAUAAUAAUAAUAAUACUCAUACGUAUAAAACGGUUAACUCUCCCGAUUCACUAUUGUCUUCGCCGUCAAACACCAAUCACUCCAUUAUUGCCGAUCUUUUACAUACUUUGAACUAA